AUGUUUUCGAAAUUCAAGAAAACCGCUGAUCUGUCCACUGGCCUAAAUCAGCCAUUUCAGCCGGACGACUUGUUUAGGUUUGGUAUUCCUGCACCAGUGACGGCUCUGGCGUAUGACCCGAACCAGUCGCUGCUUGCGAUCGGUACGGCAGACGGUACGAUGGUUGUUUGCGGGCAGGGCGCAGUGCAGAUUGCUCUUGAAAUAGACCAACCAAGCCCAAUUCGUCAUGCGCGGCUCGUGAAAGGUAUUUACCUCAUUGCUGUAGAUUCUGCGAACCUUGUAACUGUGUGGUCGCUGGAUACGCUCGAGAAGUGGGGUGAAUAUCGUUGUGGCAACCCAGUCGCGUCAGUGUAUGCGGAUCCAGCAAUGGAUUGGCUAUUUAUUGGUUUGGAGAAUGGUCAAUCGAUUGCAUUUGAUCUCGAUCUUGGGAAAAUUUCUCCACUACGGAUUAGCUCCGUUCAGCAACAGGUUCUACCGAGAAGCCGAUUCAGCCCUGUCCUGGGGAUCAGCCUGAACCCGCGUGAUGCUGCCCAGCAGUUGCUAGGGUAUCGCGACUUGAUUGCAGUUUUCUCGUUGGCCACGAACGAGGUCUUAUUCCAUUGUAUCACCAAUAAUGCAAGUCAUGUUAGAUUUGUUUCCUGGCAUCCCAGUGGUAGCCAUAUUGUGUCUUACCACGAAAAUGGACAGCUCAUGUUUUACGAUGGAAAAACGGGAAAACAGUUGUGCACUCGCGAUACGCAUAUUCCCAACUCUUCUUUCUUGGCUUGGUGUUGCACGGAUGACCCUGACACGACAUUUUUGGUACUGGGAAACACCGAGCUAUAUAUUAUCAACUUUGGCAAAUCUCCAACCUACAACAUCACUAGCUACGACGGUAUGGGUAAGUUUUUCAGCAACGCCCCCGACAUGUUGGUUCAACUGCCGGACCAAAUUUCGGCGGCUUUGCCUUUGGCAAGAGGGAACCCGCACCAUAACUUUUACAACCCCGAGUGGAUAAUAGUUUCUUACAUUUCAGGGUGUUCUGAAGUUUACAGCUUGCCAGGCCUACAAUUGAAACGGAACAACUCUUACAUUUUGCCCCCGGCACUUUCUUUUAGUGCUGCGCAGCAUACAUUUGUAGGAUCAACGUCAAUGUCUCGGACCCAAUGGUUGGGAAUCAUGGCGGUAUCUCCGAAAACAGUUCUUCGAGGUGGUGUCCCAUCGCGCCAACGUCUGAGACGCUUGCCAGUAUGUACUGUGAUUAUCGUUGGCGGCAAAGAUGGAAGCGUCCGUUUGUUUGACGGUUCGCGGAGUGAACCAAACGACUUCCGCGUUGUUGAUGUGUCAAUCGCUGACAUCGUACCGAAUGCGGAUAUUAGUGUGUCCGGGGUAUCCUUUGCUGGAUCUACAGGCGAGCUGGUUGUUUCAGCAGGAACAGAUACCUAUUUGUUCAAAUUCGGUCGGAACCGUUCAGCCUAUGCAGAAUUUGUGCCUAGUGGUACACUGAUUCAGGAUAUAUCUCAGCGCUGCUCUACCCAUAUUCAACAAGGCUUCCUUCCUCAGUAUCUAAUCCCAGGACAGUCAAGGGUUAGCAUGGUUCACAACUCGAAUGUUGGAUUUGUAGUCAUUGGCUACGAAGAUGGCCGUCUCGUCGUCGUUGACAGACGAGGCCCCGCCAUUAUUUACAAUGAGGUCUUAGGUGAAGCCCCCACCUGUGCGGAAAUUGGAAUUGAAAUUGUUGGCCGAAAAGACUACUCCGCUCUGGUUCUUGCUGUUGGGACUCGAGCAGGAAACGUGCAUGUUUUCGAGAUUCUUCCCCGUCAAGGCGGCGGAUUCGUCCCUACAAAGUACGACGUCUGGAAUGUUGGAAGUGAUCCAGUCAUACAUAUUUCACACAUUGAUCUAGGCCGGGGUGCUCCUGCAGCGGCUAUGCCAGAGGUGCUACAAGAGCUUGCACGGUCUAUUAAAAUUGAGGGUGCUAUAUUGGCCGUCACAACUCGGGAUGCCCGUAUGUUCCAUGCUAGCUCUAAGAGGCCAAAGUUGGCACAUAAGCGCUUCAAUACACCUCUAACUUCUGCUUCGUUUGGGUUCUUGCGUCAAGGAGAUUCUUUAGCGCUGCUCACUUUGAAUGAACAAGCAAACGCAGGUAUUUACAGCAUUCCUGGAUUGAUGAAACUCAGCCAAUCACAUGUGCCCUACAAGAGCUGUCUAAAAGGCAGUAUUAUUACCGGUGUUGGUGAUGCGCUAGUUCAAAUUGAGGAAAAGUAUGCUGGUCUCAUGCAUAUCUGGGGUACUGGACAACUACCGAUAAUUAGCCAAGUCUACAACCCACUUAUCAAAACAACAGCCCGCCCUACUAUUACUGCUGUUCAGUGGGUCUCUGGCCGCCAGUAUGUAUCGAUUGAGGACCUUGACAAGGUCAUUGGCGGCAGACGGCGCGGAACAACCCGACGAGCCGGAGUCGACUUGGUGGAAAACUCAGCCAACGACCCCCCUGGUCCCAGUCUUGAACCAGCAGGCUAUGUUAGACCUCAAAGAGCUGCCGCAUCUUAUCAAGGAGGUGUACCUGCAAAAACGUGGGGUCAAACAUUCGACGACUAUUACGAUUCUGCAGGUCAAGCGGUCGGCGGACUGGCUGAUGACUUCCAAGAGAUGGUCAUGUCUGCUAAAAAGGACGCAACGUCCUCUAUUACAAAGUCUAUCAUCAGGAAGAAGAUGGGAUUUUAG